GAAAAUGUCUUUUAGCAUCUUCAGCAGGUGGAAGAACUGCGGCCGCUGCUCCCAUGACGAGUCCGGUCUGCAGCGGAUCCAGUGGCAGGAAGUGACAGAUAUCCACAAGUUGUCAGGCCCAUUGUGGCGGCCGUCGGGCCACAGCAGGGCCUGACGGUGACAGCCGACCCUCACCAGGAGGAAUGUCAUCCCCCACCUUCAGAUAAGCUUUGACAGCUGUAAAUUUAGACAGGGGAGAGAGAGGGGAGGGAGGUGAGCUGCUAUUUAUAUCUUUCAUUCAGCAAGGCCCAAACCAGAGACAGAGAGAGACCCCCCCCCCCCCUCUCUCUCUCUCUUUCUGUCUCUCUCCAGAAGGCGAUCACUCCUUCUGGAUCUCUCCUCUGCUCCUGUCUGGAGAAACUUCUGGAGCUCUGACCUCAACUUUAAGACCAGGAAGGGAGAUAAUCCGACCAAGAAUCGAACGCACAGUGACCGAAGGGUGAAGAAGAAAAAAGAAACCAAGACAAACCGACAGGCCAACAUGGCUCUGCUGUGCUACAACAAAGGCUGCGGAGAGAAGUAUGACGCUGACAAGAACAAGGACGACUCCUGCGUAUUCCAUCCAGGAGUCCCAAUCUUCCACGAUGCUCUGAAGGGUUGGUCCUGCUGUAAGAAGAGGACAACAGAUUUCUCAGAGUUUCUCUCCAUCAAGGGCUGCACCCGUGGGCGCCACAGCAACGAGAAGCCGCAGGAGCCUCUGCGGCCGGAGGUCGUGUCAGAUAAGGGUGAGAUUAAACACACCAACGGCCAGGAGAUAAUCUACCAGGGACCCAAAUCUGCAGAGAAGCUGAAGAAGGAGAGACCCAGCUCAGAUGAGCCCAUGACCAAGCUGCCCCAGAAAGUGUCUGCAUCGCUGGCUCAGGUGCUGGAGAAACUGGAAAUCAGUAAGAAAGCUGAGAAAGAUCAGAAAGACAGUGAGGUUGUCAUACAAGGGACAAGAUGCAAAAAUUCAGGAUGCAAAACGGCGUAUCAAGGCCCAGAGACAGACAUGGAGGUCUGCACCCACCACCCUGGUGCACCCGUCUUCCAUGAGGGGUACAAGUACUGGAGCUGCUGCUGCAUUAGGACAAUAGACUUCAACGCUUUCCUCGACCAGAAGGGCUGCACCACAGGGAAACAUCGCUGGGUCCCAAAACAGGACAAGAAAAAGGUGGCUUGUCGACACGACUGGCACCAGACUGGAAAUAAUGUUGUUGUAACAAUUUACGCCAAGAACGCAAACCCUGAACUUUCCUGCAUAGAGGCCAACCGGACAGUGCUCUCGUGUCAAAUCCAGUUUGAGAACAAUAAGAUUUUCAAGAGAGAGUUCCACAUGUGGGGGGUGAUCAAUGUCAAACAGAGCUCAGUCAACAUGGUCCCGUCCAAAGUGGAGAUUUCCCUGCGUAAGGCGGACCAGGUGGCCUGGGGCAAACUGGAAGACCCCAACUACAAACCGGAGCCUGAGCCCGUAGAGGACUCCCUCGCCGAAACCAACGAGUCUCACCAGCCCGACUGGGAUAUCGCUGACGACGACAUCAGUGACUCGGAUGAGGAGUGGGCCUAUGACACACCGGAGAACAAACAGAAGGAAAAGAGAGAGGAGCAGAGGAAAGCUGAAGACAUGCAGAAUUUACAGAGGAAGGAGGUGGAGGAGGAGAUGAAGAGGGCAAUGGAGGAGAGGAGGAAGGCGGAGGAGGAGAAAAAGAGGCUAGAGGAACAGAGGAGGGAGGAGGAAGCGGAGGGAUUUGAAGACAUGCCCGACCUUGAGUAACUCCUCUGAAAAACAACGUGUUGAUCGGGUGUCAUUUUCAUUAUCAGGGCAGAAAACUCUUUAAUUCAAAACUGAUUUUUGUAAUGAGUAAAAUCAGAUGUUUAUUUCAGAGAUAAUUAGAUUCCAACUCCAUGUUUUGUAGCUGCAAAUGAAUUGUGGUACUUUGCAAACACCUUCUAACUUUGGACGACCCAAGAGGUUGAUUCUCUUGCAUUUACUUUCAUUAUUGGUUGACAAACACACUGGACCCUUUAUGUUUUAUUUUAUUUGAAUUGUAGUGUGAUGUUUUUCUCCUCAAAUGUGAAUAUUCUCUGUAUGCAGCUUCAAAACAAGAAAUAAAGACUUUUCUAUGUCUGUUUCUACAUCAAAA